AGCUGGACCUGCGCGAUCGAUCAAAAACGCUCUUUACUUUACACACGUCAACAAUCUCUACCGAAGCGGCAUGCGGAAGGCCUGUCGCUUGUAGUCCUAUACCCAUGGUGGCCGCCUCACUUGGCUUUCCUAACUGAACAAUCACUCCGACUGCUAGCAUCUCGUAAUAAACAACCCGAAAUGUCAACAUUACCGGAACAUUCCCCACUGCCAGAGGACACCUACAUUCCUGUGUCCAACAGGCCUGAGACGAUCAUUGGCGUAGUUGUAACCUUCCUUUGCUUCAGUGCCAUUGCUGUGAGCCUGAGACUGCUCGUGCGGUACAGAGACAGAUUGUGGGGAUGGGAUGACCUAUUUGUUGCGCUUGCCGCUAUUGCUUGCGUUGCUGGCUCGCUCCUCUCCUGUCUGAUGCCUCAGCAUGGGCUAGGCAGACACUUUGCUGAUCUCGAUGCGCAUACUAGGAUUGAGUACUUCAAGUAUGUGUGGGCAUCGAACCUUACCUACGCCUUCAGCACCACGUUUAUCAAAAUCUCUAUUCUCAUUCAGUACCUCCGUCUUUUCGAUGGGCGCUCCGAACUAGCGCGUAAGGCCACAUGGGCCACACUCGCAAUCGUAAGCCUAUGGGGGGUCACCUUUUGCCUUUUGGCGCUGUUCUCUUGUACACCCGUUGCAAAGAACUGGGAAUUCACUCUGGAGGGCAAGUGCGUUGGCUGGGGCAGCAAGAAUGCCAACGAGUUCUUCGCAACUUGGAUGGCACAUGCUUCCAGUAACAUGUGCCUGGACACCCUCAUACUGGCUCUGCCUGUGCCGUUCAUCAGCAACCUCAGGAUGAGCGGCAAAACACGGACAGGCUUGAUAGCGCUGUUCAUCAUGGGUGGAAUUGCAGUCUCGCUUUCAAUCGCCCGCGUCAUCUCCCUAUCCAUCAAACGCAUCGGCACAGUCCCCGUCUUCGACCCCUCCUGGUACACCCCCACCGUCUACAUCUUCUCCGUCCUCGAGCUCAACGUCGCCAUCCUGACCGCCUCAAUCCCCAUCUUCUGGCCGCUCGUUGCCUCCUUCGCUGCAAACAAGAUCCUCAUCGUCAACGAAAUCGAGAUCCGCACCGAGCGCAUCGACAACAGCUUCGCGCUGUCAGAGCAGGGUAAGGGCUUCGCGGGUGUCGGCGACGACGACGUCCCCGAGGGCCGCACCAGCAGGAUUGGCGUCUCGGGCAAGAGUGAUAGUGACAAGCUGCACCGCAACAACUCGCGCCUCACGCGCGGCCCAAAGCACCACCAUAAGCCGAGCCACUCGGACUCCUCGAGCAAGGAGAUGAGACUCGAUAUGGGCCACCGCGCGUCGCAGGAAAGACUCAAUCUCACGCACCAGACGUCGAGCAACUCCUUCAACUCGGGAAGACUGGAGGACAGUCCCGACCUCACACAUGCGCGGUACCAGAAUAAGUUUGUGCAGGACUGGGCGGUGCCGGAUUUCGACAGGCCAAAGGCGGGCGAGGAGCGCGUGGAGCGCGUGUUCACGACGAGUGUGGAGCGGGCACAGGUGCCGUUUGAUCAUUUGAGCCGGGCGACGGAGAAGUGAAGUUGGAUGCACGUGUCUUGUUACGUUCUGAAUUUGGAUGAUACCCUAGCGAUGAAUACAUGGAAUUGCCUUUCGUACUUGCGUAUACACCACGCGUUCUCGCUGCCAUCCACCUUUCUCUAUGCUCCGCUUCACUGCCAAAUGCAUAGACCAUGCCUGACCCCCGUACCGGCCCCAUUGCACAACAGCUCACUUGCGUCAGCCACAGGCUCUGCCACGAGGCACAAGUACGGCGCCCCUACUCUCCUCCUCGCACCUACCCAUCCUCCAUCUUACCCACGUCUGCCACGAGGCACACAAGAGGCACGC